AGAAAACAGCUGUUGAUAUUAUGAGUCAUCAACCUCCAGUUUCCUGUAUUCCAAACACAGGCAAAAUGUCGAAAGCUAAGAAAGUUAUUGAAGAAGCGAAGGAAAACAACAAUCCUGAAAUAGAUUUGGUUGACAAAGGACUCUCUAGCUUGGACGAGAUACCUGGCUUGUUCAGUCUCGCCAACAUAACUCGUCUCUCUGUAAGCCACAACAAGAUCCAAGUAGUUCCUGCUGCACUUGCAAACCUCGCGAACUUGGAAAUACUGAAUCUUGCCAACAACCACAUCACUGAACUCCCCGUCAGUCUAUCUUCCCUGCCGAAGCUCCGUAUCCUGAAUGUAUCUCUCAACAGACUAAAUGGAUUACCAAGAGGGUUUGGUUCUUUCCCUGUUCUGGAAAUCCUGGACCUGACUUAUAAUAAUCUGAAUGAGAAGAAUCUGCCUGGAAAUUUCUUUAUUAUGGACAGUCUCCGUGCAUUGUAUCUGGGUGACAAUGACUUUGAAUACUUGCCUGCGGAAAUUGGUAACCUGAAGAAUUUACAAAUUCUAUCAAUGCGUGAAAACGACUUGAUCGAAGUGCCUCGCGAGCUCGGUCAGCUGGCUCGCUUGAGAGAAUUACAUCUACAAGGCAACAGGCUUGUUGUGUUACCGCCUGAAAUUGGAUCUCUCGACUUGGCCAGCAACAAGUCAGUGUUACGCUUAGAGGGCAACUUCUGGGUGCCACACAUUGAGGACCAGCUCAAGUUGGGACCCUCACACGUGCUCGAUUAUCUGCGCUCUGAGACCUACAAAGUCUUGUACAGUCGGCACAUGUCAGCGAAGCCGGCCCCACCGCCACAGACGCUGGAUAAAAACAAGAAAGCUAGCAGAGCUGCUUAGCUUCACUUAACUAUUAUUAUUAACGUGCUCUUCUGAUUAAUACUUAAUAAUAAUAAUUAAUUCGUGUGUGAUGUUUUGCUCUCGACAAAUGCGUGUAUGACAUGGAAUGUAUCGACGAAUUCAGGCAUUUGCUUAUGAAUAGUAUUUGACUAAAUAUUUGUGUUAAGGCCA